AUGGGCGCCGCAGAUCUUGAGAAGAACUUGUCGACCGUCGACGAUAUGGACGACACAAAACAGGAGACGAUCCAUCCGAAAGCAGUCGACGAGCCUGACACUGUCGUCGACACCCUGUAUGACCCGCCCAAAGGAUACCGGAUCGGCGGGCUCACAAUUCCAGCGUAUCGAUCCCCGAUCGUGCAGACGCUCAUCAUCUCGUUCGUGCAUCUCCUCGUCGUGGGCAUGUUCAACGUGCUGUCCGCCCUGGGCGGCGGCGGCCAGGUCGAUCCCACGACGAGUAACAACGCCAACACCAUCCUGUACAGCUUGUUCUGCAUCUUCUCCCUGAUGUCCGGAUCCGUGUGCAAUUUUCUUGGGCCCAAAGUCACCCUGGCGGCCGGUGGCAUUGGCUACUCGCUGCUGUCGGCGUCGUUCUGGAGCUAUAACCACAACAAGAACCAGGGGUUUGUGUACUUUGGCGGCGCCAUGUGCGGCGUUGCGGCGGCGUUUCUCUGGACCGCCGAAGGAUCGCUGAUCAUGUCCCUCCCCCUAGAAAAAGACAAAGGCAAAUACAUCAGCAUCUUCUACGGGCUGUCGUUCUUCGGCACCGUCAUCGGCGCCAUCAUCCCGACGGUCGAGAACUGGGGUGUGACGACGGCCGGCAGCGUCAACGACGGCACGUACAUCGCGCUGUUCAUCCUAAUGGUGAUGGGCAGCGUUGUCGCGUGCUGCAUCUCCAGCCCGUCGAAGAUCAUGCGGGCGGACGGCACGCGCGUGCUGGUCCCGCGCCAGACGACGUUUGUGCAGGAACUGAAGAACGUCGUGCUGGCCGUCAAGCGCGAGCCGCUCAUCAUGCUCUUCUUCCCGUACAGCUUCGCGGGGCUGUGGUACAUCCCGUACCAGAGCAACGACUUCAACGGGUACUUCUUCGACCUGCGGACGCGCGCGUUCGGCAGUCUCUGGUUCGACUUUGGCCAGUUCUUCAUGGCCGUGUUGAUGGGAUUCCUGCUCGACCUGAAGCUGCUGGGCCGAAGCCGUCGGCGCCGCGCCUUCAUCGGCUGGACGUUCCUGUUCGUCCUGCUCAACGCCGUCUUCAUCGGGGGCAUCUUCCCGAUGCGGCUGUCGCACCGCGGCGUGCCACCGGCGCAUCUGAUCGACGUGGCCGACGGCACCGUGCGGGCCGGCGGGUACAUCGCGCUGUACAUGUUCUACGGCGCGGUGGACGGGGCCUGGCAGACGUUUGCGUGGUGGGUGAUGGGGGCGCUGUCCAACGACCCGCUCGUGCUGUCCAUCUAUUCGGCCUUCUACAAGGUGUUUGGGGCGAUGGGCGCGGCGAUCGUCUUCAAUCUUGACGUCCGCCAGGUCAGCUACCAGGCCAUGUUCGGCAGCUAUUGGGGGUUGCUGGCGGGAUCGAUGCUGUUUGUGCUGGUGUUGAUCUACAAGCGAGUCGAAGAUACGUUGACUGCCACGGACCUGACAACUGCCUGUGAUGAGAAGUCUUGA